GCGCUGAGCUCCCGCUCCCCUUUCCCCGCCGCUGCCGCCACCAUGCGUCCCGGCAUAAAGCUCUUCGUGGGCAACGUCCCCGAGGAGGCGACGGCGGAGGAGCUGAGCGAGCUGUUCGCCGGCGCCGCCGGGCCCGUGCUCGGCAUCGCCCUCAUGAAACAGUUCGCUUUCGUGCACCUCCGGGAUGAGGCGGCGGCGGCCCGCGCCAUCACCCAGCUCAACGGCCACCAGCUGCACGGUCGCCGCAUCGUGGUCGAGCCCUCUCGGCCUCGGCCCACCAACACCUGCAAGAUCUUCGUCGGUAACGUCUCGGCCGCCUGCACCAGCGGCGAGCUGCGCUCGCUCUUCCAGCAGUACGGCACCGUCGUCGAAUGCGACGUGGUGAAAGACUAUGCAUUUGUUCACAUGGAGAACGAAGCAGAUGCAAAGGUUGCCAUCGAAAACCUUAACGGGAAGGAGGUGAAGGGGCGCAGAGUGAACGUGGAGCUCUCCACCAACGUCCAGAAGAAGGGCGCGGGCCAGGCCCUGCCGCCCGCCCUCGGCCUCGACAAGAACAAGAGGAUCGGCCUGGAGUACCGCGAGAAGUUCCAGCCCAAGAUCGAGGGCUUCGACCAGCAGCGCCGGGCGGCAGACGCCGCCUUCCCCUCAGCCGCCACUGCCGGCUACACCGCCGCCUCCUCCCUGUACGAUUACCAGCAGCGCUUUGGCACUGGCGGCGCCGGCAAGUACGAGGCUUUUGAGGCGCAGGCCAGGCCGGCCUCCCCCUCCUACUUCGGGAGGGACCGCAGCCCCCUCCGGCGCUCCCCCACCCGGGCUGGCUACGCGGCGGUGACGCUCCCCAUGACGGCACAGCCGGCUGCCUACCGCGCCCAGCCCUCCGCCUCGCUGGGGGCCACCUACCGUGCCCAGCCCUCCGCCUCCCUCGGCGUGGCCUACCGCCCGCAGCCCACCACCGGCCAGGCCGCCUCUUACCGCGCCCAGCCCUCCGCCUCACUGGGCAGCGCCUACCGCUCCCAGCCCUCCGUCUCCCUCGGCGCCUCCGGCGCGCAGCCCGCCGCCAACUCCCUCGGCUCCUACGGCGCCCAGGCCGCCGCCUCCUACGGCGCGCAGCCCGCUGCCUCCCAGCUCUCCGGCUACAGCGUCCAGUCCGCCGCCCUGGCCUCCUCCUACGGGGCCCAGGCCGCCUCCGGCUACUCCGCCUCUUACAGCGCCCAGGCUGCCGCUGCUGCCUACGGCGCCCAGGCCGCCGCCGGCCCUGCCGCCUCCUACGGUGCCCAGGCUGUGGCCACACACGUGGCCUCCUAUGGCGCCCAGGCCGCCGCCGGUCACGCUGCCUCCUAUGGCGCCCAGCCCGUAGAUGGUCACGCCGCCUCCUACGGCGCCCAGCCCAGUGCCGCCCUCUCAGCCUCUUACGGCGCCCAGGCCGUGGCCGCGCAUGCCACCUCCUACGGCGCCCAGGCGGUGGCCGGUCACACCGCCGCCGCCUACCAGCCCGUGGCUGGCCACUCGGCCUCCUACGGGGCCCAGCCGGCGGCCGCGCUCUCUGCCUCCUACGGGGCCCACCAGUCCGCCGCCGCCGCGCUCUCCGCCACCUACGGCGCCCAGGCGGCCUCCUCGCUGGCCGCCUCCUACGGCAGCCAGGCCGCCGCCGCCUCCUACAAGGCGCAGGCCUCCGCCCCGCUGACGGCCGCCUACCGGGCCCAGGCCUCCGGCUCGAUGGCGGCGUCCUACCCGGCGCAGCAGGCCUCCUCCGCGUCGCUGGCGGCUGCCUACCGAGCCCAGCCGGGCAGCGCCUACGACGGGCCAAGCCAGCUGGGGCAGCAGGCGGCUUCCUACCUGGGCCUCUCGCAGGCCGCUGCCGUCGCACCGCCCUACGAGCGCACCCGCCUCUCCCCGCCUCGCAGCGCCGCCUACGACGACCCGUACAAAAAAUCAUCCGCUCUGGCAAAAAGGUACGGUUCCGAGCGCCGUCUGUCUGACCUCUCAGAUUACCGCCGCUUAGCAGACUCGCCGCUCGCGUACCGCCGGUCGCCGACAAAGUCCCCGAUGGAUUACCGCCGCCUUCCAGAAGCGCAUGCCGAUUACGCCCGUUACUCGGGCGGCUACGGCGAUUACCUGCCCGCCACCCGCGUCCACUCGGGCUACCAGCGCCGCCUCUGAGCCGGGCGGCACCGGGACAGGGUGGGGGGUUAAGGCCGCUUGCGUCGCCGUGGGCUCGUACUCGGUGCUCCGCCUCACCGCCCGCCGCCGCACCCGGCGCAGUCUGCCGCCUCCGGCCGUUGUCCCCGGGGCAGGGACGGUUAUUUUUUAGCUGCUUUUUCUUUGUUCUUUCUCUUUUUUUGAGUUUUUUAGAAGGAUCUGCGGUUACGGUUGGAAAGUGUGCUGCGCUCCCACGGGGGGAGCAGGCAACGAGCGCGCGGGUCACCAAACUCUGCCUCUGGCUCCUGCCGUAGCAUCGGAACUGUCUCUCGCUCGCGGCACGCGUGGCCAUCAGCACCACUGGUGCUUGGUAGCGGUUUAUAACCUGAGCGAUUGCUGCCACCGAGCGGAGCCCGCGCUCUUUUAUACCACGAGUUCCCCUUUUUGGGUUUAUUUCCCCUUUUCCAGCAUCAGUCCGCGGCGCAGCGCUGGGCUCAACGCAGCAGCGAGGUUUUGUACGACUAAAUAAAUG